AUGGCAAACGUCCAAUCUAAAGAGCUUAUUAAACGGUAUCUUACCGAUUCAAAGGAAUUUCCGCAGCUAAUAUCGCGAGAAAGGUUUCACUCAAUAGUUCAAUUGGUCUGCCGUAACCAAUUAUUGGACGAGGAAGAAACUAAGUUGUAUGACACAUUAUCGAGACAGAAACAGAACAUUCUUGAGCGCGUUGAAUCGAGUAUCGACCAACUGGAUUUGGGACGUAUAGAUACAGACAACAAUGAGACUACUGUACAAGUGGAAGAUUUGAGCCUUAUGCAAUUGAUACAGUCGAUGGAUCAAUUGAAUCAGUCUCUGGAGUCACGAAUAGAAGCUAUCGAGCAGGAUGUAAAAGUCGAGCUAGAGGAAAUCAAUGAGCAAAUUGAUGCUUUCAAUGACCUAAGAUAUGGAACCAUCAACUUUGAAACGUCAAUUGAAUCGUUGUGUACAGAUUUACAUCAACUCGAAAAUCGCUUAUUGGAAUUGGGGAAAUAG